AUGGGUUGGUGUUGGUUCCACCUGGGCGAGUACCGGCGCGCUCUCGACCAGUACGAGCAACUGCGCGCCCGCGACAAAUUAGAUUCGCGCAUCUCCGACAAUAUAGCCAUUGAUCUCGCCGUACCUGUCGCGAACACGGCAUAUUGUGGCAUCCCGGGAAGGAAGGGCCGGUUAGGACCGGCGGCAUCAAACAUAUCGACG